UGUAUUAGCUGAGGUCGGGUUAAGGGAGCGAGAGCGGGGGAUUUAGAGACGUGUUCACUACAGAGGCAUCACCAUGGCACCGCUCGGACUAAAAGCCAUUGUGGGAGAAAAGAUUAUGAAUGAUGUCAUCAAGAAGGUACACAAGAAAGGAGAAUGGAAGGUGCUGGUCGUAGACAAGCUGAGCAUGAGGAUGAUGUCAUCCUGCUGUAAGAUGACAGAUAUCAUGUCAGAGGGCAUCACCAUUGUUGAAGAUAUCGGCAAGAAACGGGAGCCUCUCCCUAGCAUGGAGGCCAUCUACUUAAUAACACCCAAUGAUGAGACUGUGGAGGCACUCAUAGAUGACUUCAGAGACCCUCGGUCGCCCAGAUACAGAGGAGCUCACGUCUUCUUCACUGACACAAUCCCAGAUUCAUUGUUUAAUUUGUUGACGAAAUCCCGCGCGUCCAAAGCCAUGAAGACCUUGACUGAGAUCCACAUCGCCUUUCUGCCCUAUGAGUCUCAGGUGUUUUCCCUGGACAAGACAGAUGCCUUCCAGGACUUCUACAGCCCCUACAAGGCUGACAUCAAGCACAACAUGUUGGAGCGCUGUGCUGAGCAGAUCGCCACUCUCUGCAACACCCUGAAGGAAUACCCUGGCGUCAGAUACAGAGGGGAGUACAAAGACUGUGCCACUCUGGCUCAGCUCCUGCAGGACAAGCUGGAUGGCUACAAGGCAGACAACCCCACCAUGGGAGAGGGUCCGGACAAGUCUCGCUCCCAGCUCUUGAUUCUGGACCGAGGCUUUGACCCGGUCUCUCCCAUCCUCCAUGAGCUCACCCUCCAAGCCAUGGGCUAUGACCUGCUGGGCAUCGAGAACGACGUCUACAAGUAUGACACCAGCGGGAUGGGGGAGGUCAAGGAGAAGGCGGUGUUGCUGGAUGAGGAUGAUGAUCUGUGGAUGAGUCUCAGACACAAGCACAUUGCAGAAGUCACCACGGCUGUGACCCGUUCUCUGAAAGAAUUCUCAUCCACCAAAAAGAUGAACACAGGAGAGAAGACCACAAUGAAAGACUUGGCUCAGAUGCUGAAGAAGAUGCCCCAGUAUCAGAAAGAGCUGAGCAAGUACUCCACUCACCUCCACCUGGCUGAGGACUGUAUGAACCGUUAUCAGGGCACCGUGGACAAGCUGUGUCGUGUGGAGCAGGACCUAGCGAUGGGUACGGAUGCAGAGGGGGAGAAGAUCAAGGACCCCAUGAGGGCCAUCGUGCCCGUCCUGCUGGACAAAGACGUCACUGUCUUCGACAAGAUUCGCAUUAUCCUCCUCUAUAUCUUCAUGAAGAACGGUGUUUCGGAGGAGAACCUGUGUAAGCUCCUCCAGCAUGCUAACAUCCCUCCCGAGGACAGUGACAUCAUCUCCAACAUGGCCCAUAUGGGCAUGCCCAUCAUCUCAGAGGGGAAUCCGACCCGCAAGGUGAAGAAGACUGACCGGAAGGAGAGAGUGAGUGAGCAGACCUACCAGCUGUCCCGAUGGACCCCUCUUAUCAAGGACAUCAUGGAGGAUGCCAUUGAGGACAAACUGGAUCCAAAGCAGUACCCCUACAUCUCCCAACGAACUGCCUCCACUCACUCCAGCGCUCCAUCAAGUGCCCGGUACGGAAACUGGCACAAGAACAAGGGCCCUACAGAGAUGAAGACUGGUCCUCGGGUCAUCGUCUUCAUCAUCGGAGGCAUGACCUUUAGUGAGAUGCGCUGUGUCUACGAAGUCACACAGGCCAAUGGCAAAUGGGAGGCCAUCAUUGGCUCCACCCACAUGCUCACUCCCACCAAAUACCUGAAGGAGCUGCAGCACCCUGACUUCCUGGACCCCAACGCUGCCCCUGAGGAACCAGAGCCGGCCCUCGCAGAAUGAGAACACACACUGAAAAGAUCAACCAAUAUCUUCACCCCUACAAGCCUUCUUCAAACUCUCAAAGACCUGGAUAAACAAGCAGAGGUUUAAGCAGAACCCCCUGGCUGUAGCUGUCCCUCUUCUAACUAGCUGUCCCUCUCUUAACUAGCUGUUCCUCUCUUAACUAGCUGUUCCUCUCUUAACUAGCUGUCCCUCUCUUAACUAGCUGUUCCUCUCUUAACUAGCUGUUCCUCUCUUAACUAGCUGUCCCUCUCUUAACUAGCUGUCCCUCUCUUAACUAGCUGUCCCUCUCUUAACUAGCUGUUCCUCUCUUAACUAGCUGUCCUUCUCUUAACUCCCUCAGCCGGCAUAUUCUACUCAAGACGUCCAUACCAAACCCCUUCUACUCUAUACAUAAGACAAUAAAGAAAAUGGCUCUGCCUAUUUCAAAUAUAUCAAAGUCAUGUAUUCAGAUAUCAUUUUUUAAUAGCAUGAAAUAAGAUAAUUUAAAGCCAUACCACCAGAAAACACCAUGUUUUACCUACUGUACAUAAACCCUGAUGACUUUAUAGUAAUAAUUUAAUUUCAAUUUGUUUGUCAGAUUGAAGGGAAGAGUAGAGUCUGUGAUGGAUGACUGAUACUAUAUGAGCAGUGGAUGUAAACUGCCAUCUCAUGAUGCCAUUGUUGCACUUUCUUAAAAAGGAAGCCAAUCAUAGACAAGAUUGGAUAAGUGUGGGUGGAAUUUGAGGAAUUAUUCAGGCUGGUGAUUGGUGUAGAGUGUUCGCCAUGUUCCAGGCAUUCAGGAAUAUAAAGGGACCAACUGGGAUGAUGGUGGAAUGGGAUCUAUAAUGUCCCUUUAAUACCCCCUCAAAAAUAUGUGCAAGAUUCCUGUCUUUCCAACAGACCUUUCAAUACAUUUCAUAAAAGUAUUCAUAUAACAUUUAUUUGAAAAAAACAACUAGCUGAAUAUUGGAAUGAACUUGGAAAUACACUUGGAAUGUAUUUGAAUACUGAAAUAACUGACUCAAAUACUCCCAAGCAUUUAACCAAGUUAUUUGAAAAGCCAGGUCUGUUUUUAGUGGUUUAGCAUUAAGCUUUUAUCUCAUUGCUUGUAAACGUUUCAGGAACAAUGAGCAAAAAUACCAAUAUUUUUGAAACUCACAAUUGUAUAAUUUGGACAUCAUCACCAACAUCAUCACCAUCUUCCUCGUAAUGGAAUCAGUAGUUUGUAGAAUAUAUGCCAUACUGUAUCAAUGUUUCUAUUCCUGGUGAUUAUUCUGACUUUGCAAAUGCCAAUGUGAAGCCACUCUGUACUAGUGCUCAUGUAGCUGUAGCUAGCAGUACAGUUACAGUAGUUGGGCUGUAGCUAGCAGUACAGUUACAGUAGUUGGGCUGUAGCUAGCAGUACAGUUACAGUAGUUGGGCUGCAGCUAGCAGUACAGUUACAAUAGUUGGGCUGUGAUGAUCAACCAUUGGAAAGUUAUUCCUCUUCAUUUAGUUACAUUUUUGUCCCAAUUUCCAGUGCAGCGUUGACACUGUCAUGAUGCAAACUCAUUUGUUGGCGUUGUUGUUGUUACAGUUGUUGUUUUUGUUUACUCUAUAGUAGGGUUAUCUAUUAUUUCUCAAGAUAGAUUAAUAUCAGUGUAUUUGAUCAGAAUUCUAUGCUUGGAAGUAAAACAAUACACGUUCAUGUACUAAAGCUCUAAUAAAGUUGCUUCAAAGAAAA